AUGGAUGUGAAAUGCAGAACAUGUAUCGAUUGCAUGGAACGAGCAAUCAAAGCUUAUAAGGCUCAAUAUCAUAUUAUAAAAUCUCGACCAAGACCGGACGAAUUGCAUGAAGAUGUAUUAAGGACUCGUUACACAUAUAGUGUCCGUAAUAAGAGAGAAAUAACAAAACCAUUUGAAACGACACAACAACAAACAACCACUUCUAAACCUAAAAGAAGUAAGUCGAAGAAGAAAGCUACGAAAUCGGUGACGGUAACAAAAUACGUUGAUGGAGAGGUUUACGCGCUAAAAGUUAAAGAAACAAAUACGCAAGUAAACGUAGAACAAAAUAACGUUACUCAUGCGACAACUUGUCAUAUUUACAGUGUUAAGAAAUCAUAUCCUUGCGACAGUCCAGAGUCUAAUGCAUUCUUGACUAUCGCUAAAAGAAAGGUGAACAAGAAAAUGAAGAAAGAAAAGGAGAGGCAUAGAUUAAAUUCAAUUAUAACAACUACUUCUACUACAGAAAAGCCUCAUUUUUUAGCUCCUGCAUUUAGGAAACGUCAUGUAGACAAUUCGCAAGUUCCAGAAAAUUUUAUGCCUUCAAUAGAGGAACUAUAUUAG